AAAAUUGUACAUCUCCAUAUGUUUUGCGACGUAAAUUAGUAUAUUUUCGCAUUGGAGUUGCGGUCAGGCUGAUGGUAUAGACCAUAAAAACAACGCGUAGUUUUAGUCUUCAAAACAAAUAAAUGCAGCGAGAUGAUUAACAGAAGCGUCGACAGUGCAGGCAAACAGCCAACAUUUCAUGUUAUACGCGAAGUAUACGAUAGUUCAAAUGCACACGAGCGCUUUGAGGCAGAGCUUGACAAAGCCCUCGAGGCCAAGGUAGACUUUAUUAUUAUUGAGCCACCACGAUUGGGCGAUGAAACCGGUCGCUGGAUUUGGGUGGGUAAUUGUCUACAUAAAACGGCAGUGGCGACUGGCAUCGUGUCACUGAUAUCCAGUUUGCUAUGGUACGAUCGACCAGUUAUUGCGGCGCCGGCCUGUGCCAUGUCACUCUUCUGCACGGGAUUAUACACCGUAUCAUGGAACUAUGAUCCCUGCUGCCAGUAUCAGGUGGAGGAAAACAAUGAGGUGGCUUUGAACAAGCUGCCGCUGACAGAGGUGUCAUCGCCUGUGAUCCUGGGCUAUGUGCCCAAUACCAAAACCAAAUACUUGCAUCGUGGCGUUACCUUUCUAUCGGCUGCGUUGUGUGCCUGGCAAAUUUGGCGGUCAUAUAAGUAAAUGAGAAAUGUGUAACCAAAUGAGAUUUGAGAUCUAAGAUCACCAGAAACUGGAUACGGCGCGAAAAAUCUUGAACAUGGCUCAAGUAUUUGGAUAUAAGUUUAGUUGCGAUGCCAUUUGUCGCAUAUGCAUUUCAUUUCUAGAAUUUCCAGUCUUUUGUUUUUCCUCUAGUUAAAUUUUUAAAGUGGUUUCCAAGUCCAAGAAUGUGUAUGCAUGUGUUUCCGUCAUUUGAGUUUUGGGGCAGCUAAUUAGUUCGCGCUUGCAUUAUAUACUAUAUAUAUUUAUAAUGACAUACACUAAUUAUGUUUUAGUUUUAAAUGCGAAAUGAAAAGUCUUAAGUCUUAAACGGGUGUUUCUUCUUAGGUCGUUAUUCAGGCAUACAAAAAAAAGAGAAAAAAAUGAAA